CGAGACUUACGUUACUCAACGACGUACAUGUCCUCGAUGGCCCAGGCCACACACCGUACAACAUCAUCAUCAUCAAUGGCAGUUCCAACUGCGGAACGCGGCUCGUCAGAGCGCAGCCGUAAUGCGCGCGCACAAGCUCGCCACCGCGCGAAGCGAAAGGCAUACAUUGAGCAGCUCGAGGAAACAGUCACCAAACUCCAGACAGCCUUCGGCCUCAACCCAGACCAGGUCGCCGCCCUCCCCCCUCCGUUUGUUAAGAUACGCGAGCUCCAGCAAGAGAACGAGCGGCUGCAAAAGGAGAACGACGACAUGAGACGGCUGCUCGGCGACGCCAACGUGAACCAUCGGAUACACGAUCCCGUCCCGGAGUAUCGGCGGCAGUCUGUUGGCCAUUACAUUGAGCGGCCUGACUACAACAAGAAGCGAAAGGUCAGCCUCGACGACGAGCUGUAUAUCCCGGUGCUACCGGACCCCUCGCACGUCACGCAUGAUUCCCGCCCUCCGCCAUUGACGAUCCCUUCCAAUAACGGACUUCCCCAAUCCUAUCACACCGUUCCCUCCCAGAACUCGGCUCAUGGGCUCUCAAACAACUCUUCGCUGUUCAACCUGAACGCGCAGACCGCCGCCUCCUUCCACCACGCGCUGCAACACCAACAGCCACAGACGCCCCUUUCGGGAUCGAGCUCAACCUCAAGCCCACCAUUCUCGGCGAGUAUUAUUCCCUAUUCCCCUCUUCACAUCCGGCUAUGA